GUCAAUCACUGGAUCGAUCAGCGCUCCCCUCCCUCAACAAGAAAAGCCCCCCGCUUUAGCUCCGGAGCUUCGAGCCAGGGCGGUCGGCACAAGUCGCGGGGACGAUGGUCGGAAUCUUCUCCAGGUUCUCCGCCGGUGGCACCCACCGCCGCGCCAAGAGCGCCGUCGAGGUUGUGGAGACAUUGGCGCCCAACAUGGAGACCGGGGAGUCUGACCCGGCAGCUGCAGCUGGGGAUAGUCCCCACGGCAUUGAGGUAGGCAUUGAGUUCAAGCCAGUGGAGCACCCCGUGGAGCCUGUCAACCUUGAUCAGCCGGUGAAAUGCCCGCUUCCUGAGCCAUCUAUACUGCAUGAUGGGAGGAUAUGGCAAGAGAGGAUGUCUUCUACAGCGGGUGGGCGGGUGAGGACAGACUUGCCGGUCGUGAAGGAAGGGUCGCAGCUCGAGUCCGACAGCAGCGGAACAAGGCCGCGACCUGCAGCCCGAAGGCGUGCGAUACUGCCCUCUGUAAGUGCUCCUGAGCAUAACAUCCUGGCGCUGCUUGACGAGUGCGACAUGCCUGAGAGCCAGCGUCCUGCUGAAUGAAGCCUGUAUAUGCCUUGACUGUAUCUGUAUAUUACUGUCUCUUCCGUCUUCGCCCAUUGUGAAAUGCUACGAGCUGGAUACAGCUGUGUUAAAUCUUGGUUGCAACUAUAGAAACAGGCUUUUCUGUGAAAGAUACACUGUUUGUAUGUACUUUUAUCUAUAUAUACGAGUGAAAGAAACCUGCAGUUACAUCCUUCUAA